CCGCGCAGGCGAUACCAACAAACUCUUGCGUCGGCCUGUGCAGUUUGUGGCCGGCUUCUUCGCGGUGUGGUUGUGGCUGUUCAUUCAUGUGAAGCGGUUCGACGGUAUACGUGUAAAGCUUCGCAAGAUUCUUCUGAAGGAGGGAAGGAAAGCUGCGACAGUUCUUACUUACGUUCUUUUCCGUAUAUUUGCUGUUCGGUGUCAGCACGGAUGCGUGCUGGCGGGUGUGGUGUUGGUGUACGACCACUACACCGGCGUAGCACACCGUAGCGUGUACCGAGCUUCAAUCGUUUCCUUGGCGUGUUGUGUGGCCGUGCGGCGCGGCGGUGUCGCGGUGCCCCCAACCAAAUCGUCGAGAGGAACCCCCCUUUUUUUCGUCGUUCUUCGAGCAGUGCUGUCGUCGACACGACCGCUGAAAAAAAACGAUGACUUCUAGCAGCGGCUAGCCGUAGCGACGCCUUGAAAACGAACAAGAAAAGAAGUUCCGUCAACAUCGCCCCUCAAACCAGAGAAUGUCCUCUGGUGCUCCUUCCAAUGAGAGGAGUGUAAAAGAACCUGCCGACAGCCCUACAGCUGGAACCGCCGCGAUGCCUACGCCCGUCACCGGUGGCGCCACCUCGACAGGUGCCGCCGCGGCGUUGUCCAACAACGUGGCAGCAGCAUCUAAGGACGGCGCCGAGGAGCCAAAGCAACCCGCCAAGAUGUGCGCCAACGACUUCAUCUUUGGCAAGCUCAUCGGCGAAGGCUCGUUUUCCAUGGUCUAUCUGGCCAAAGAAGUCCGUACCAAUAAGGAAUAUGCAAUCAAGGUGUGCUACAAGCAGCACAUCAUCCGCGAGAAGAAGCAGCGGGCCAUCAUGCGCGAGAAGCAGAUUCUGCGGAUACUCAGCGCUCGACCCCACCCCUUUUUCAUCCGCCUUCACUCCACGUUCCACGACGCAAACAAGCUCUAUUUCGUGGUUACCUAUGCAAAAAACGGGGAGCUCCUACCGCACAUUGUCAAGUAUGGGUCGUUUGAUGUCGACGUGACGCGAUUCUACACGGCCGAGAUCGUCUCGGCGUUGGAGCACCUUCAUUCUUUAGGCAUUGUGCACAGGGACCUUAAGCCAGAGAACAUUCUUUUGGAUGAGCGAAUGCACGUUCAGAUCACCGACUUUGGCUCUGCGAAGAUUAUUUCGAGGGAAUUCUGUGAUGAGGUGGACAUUGGCGAGAUCGAGCUCAACGGCCACAAUUCCUUUGUGGGCACGGCCCAGUACGUGUCGCCGGAAAUGCUCUCGGACAAGAGCUGUUCACCGAGCACCGACCUCUGGGCUCUAGGUUGCAUCGUCUACCAGAUGAUCUCCGGCCUACCUCCGUUUCGAGCAUCGAACGAGUAUUUAACGUUCCAAAAGAUUCUUAAGCUGAAGUACGAGUUUCCCGACGGCUUCAACCCCGUGGUUAGGGACCUUGUGGAGAACCUUUUGGUGCUGGACCCCAACCAGCGGCUGGGCGCGGCGACCAGGGGUGGCUACCCGGUGCUCAAGCAGCAUGAGUUCUUCGCCGAAGUUCGGUGGGAGAAGCUGCCCGAGACGGACCCGCCCAAGAUGCUCCCGUUCCUCCCGGGCACAUCGAGCAACGAAGAGCUGCGCUCGCACUACUGCGUCCCGGACGGCUUGGAGCCCGGUCUGGACGACAAGCAGAUGACGCGACUUUUGGGGCUCGCGUUCGAUGACGACGCACCCGCGUCUCCGCCGGUUUCGGCCACUCCCCAGCCAUCCCAGCAGCAGCUGCAGCCACAGCAACAACAACAACGACCGCAGCAGCGCAUUUCCCGGACACAGCUGCACAUUCUAGACUUUGGCCCCGAGGAGCACCACCGGCGGCUCCAGAAGCAAGCCGAGUCCAACCCGUACCACAAGUUUGUCCAGGGCAACCUCAUCCUCAAGCAAGGUCUCGUCGACAAGCGCAAGGGCCUAUUUGCACGCCGACGGAUGCUGCUGCUGACGACGGGGCCCCAUCUCUACUACGUGGACCCCCAAGCAAUGGUGUUGAAAGGAGAGAUACCCUGGUCCGCCGAGCUGAGGCCUGAGCCCAAGAACUUCAAGACUUUCUUCGUACACACGGUGAGCGUCCCAACCCGAACCUACUACUUGGAGGACCCCGAAGGCUACGCCCUGGCUUGGUGCAAGGCGAUCGAGGAAGUGCGCAAAGCCACCUACAACCAAGCCGACGAUGCAUCUUAG